GAGGAGGAGGAGGAGGAGGAGGAGGAGGAGGAAGGAUAACACGCAGCUGGCUCGGACACACAUUUUACUUUGUGGUGGAGAAAGAAGGGAAGCGCGCCGCUCCUCUCCAUCACAUUUCACUUCGGAGACGCUGACGGGGGAAAACAAAAGGAGCCAGGAUGUAGAAGUCACCAGAUGUCAGUUCAUUCUGAGGACAGCCAAGUCUGAAGGCGAGGAAGACGACUUCUGCUUCACAAUGGCAACAGGAGUAGCAGCAUGGCUUCCUUUCGCCAGAGCUGCAGCCAUUGGCUGGAUGCCUGUGGCCAACUGCCCCAUGCCCAUUGCACCCAGAGACAACAGCAAGAAACAAGACGAGCUGAUCAUCCUCAACGUGAGCGGCCGCCGCUUUCAGACGUGGAGAACGACGUUGGACCGCUACCCAGACACGCUGCUGGGCAGCUCUGAGAAAGACUUCUUCUACAACGAGGAAACCAAGGAGUACUUUUUCGACCGAGACCCAGAUGCCUUCAGGAGUAUCCUCAACUUCUACCGAACGGGGAAGCUUCACUACCCACGCCACGAGUGCAUCUCAGCCUAUGACGAGGAGCUGACGUUCUUUGGCAUCAUACCUGAGAUAAUCGGCGACUGCUGCUACGAAGAGUACAAGGAUAGAAAAAGGGAGAACUUGGAGCGGCUGCAGGAUGACCAGGAGGAGAACAAGGACCUGAAGCAGUCCAACUUAAACUUCAGAGAGACCAUGUGGCGCGCCUUUGAGAACCCCCACACAUCCACCCUGGCCCUGGUCUUCUACUAUGUUACCGGUUUCUUCAUUGCCAUCUCUGUCAUCACCAACGUCGUAGAGACCGUCCCCUGUGGCUCCAUGGCCAACCAAAAAGACAUGCCUUGUGGCGAACGCUACACAGUGGCGUUCUUCUGCAUUGACACUGCCUGCGUCAUGAUCUUCACGGUGGAAUACCUCAUGCGUUUGUUUGCCGCGCCGAGCCGCUACCGGUUCAUGCGCUCCGUGAUGAGCAUCAUCGACGUGGUGGCCAUCUUGCCGUACUACAUCGGCCUGGUGAUGACCAACAACGAGGACGUGAGCGGCGCCUUCGUGACGCUGCGCGUGUUCCGAGUGUUCCGCAUCUUCAAGUUUUCCCGCCACUCGCAGGGCCUACGGAUCCUAGGUUACACGCUCAAGAGCUGCGCUUCGGAGCUGGGCUUCCUCCUUUUCUCGCUCACCAUGGCCAUCAUCAUCUUCGCCACGGUCAUGUUCUACGCGGAGAAGGGCUCCAGCUCCAGCAAGUUCACCAGCAUCCCAGCUUCCUUCUGGUACACUAUCGUCACCAUGACCACUCUGGGGUAUGGAGACAUGGUUCCAAAGACAAUUGCUGGGAAGAUCUUUGGCUCCAUCUGCUCCCUGAGCGGCGUGCUGGUGAUUGCGCUGCCUGUUCCCGUCAUCGUGUCUAACUUCAGCCGCAUCUACCACCAGAAUCAGAGAGCAGACAAGCGACGUGCUCAGAAGACACACAGACAGAAACACACUUCAAGUACCAAAUGUUAGCCAGCCUUUCACCACAGUCUCCCUGUAGGCUUGACCUUUCUGCAGGGCUGCAUGAGAGUGCUAUUAAGUUAGAGAACAGCC